AUGGUCAGCGAUGGCGCUUCUUCAAUCUCGGUCACCGUUCGAGUCAGACCUUUCACGAUCAGGGAGGCUGCGCAAUUGACCAAAUGCGAUGAUACUACGAUCUUUCUUGGUGAUGGCUCACUAGCCCCUGCGCCUACACCAAAGCUGCUCCAAAAAGGCCUCCGACCAGUGAUUAAAGUUGUGGACGACAAGUGCUUAGUUUUUGAUCCUCCUGAAGAUAAUCCCGUCCAAAAAUACUCGCGAUCCCUAGUCCCAAGCGGCAAACGAGUCAAGGACCAGACGUUUGGUUUCGACCGCAUCUUCGAUGAAAAUGCAUCACAAGGCGAGGUCUACGAGGAAACAACCAGACCACUGCUGGACAGUGUUUUGGAUGGGUACAAUGCCACCGUUUUCGCCUACGGAGCCACGGGCUGUGGAAAGACGCACACGAUCACCGGAACAGUUCAACAACCGGGAAUAAUCUUUAUGGCCAUGCAAGAGCUCUUUGAGCGCGUCGGCGAGUCGGCAACCGACAAGGUCACCGAGAUAUCACUGUCUUACCUCGAGAUUUACAACGAGACGAUUCGCGAUCUUCUUGCGCCCGCCACUUCGAGGGGCGGCUUGAUGCUGCGAGAGGAUGCCAACCAGACUGUCUCGGUCGCCGGGCUUUCCAGUCACCGGCCGCAAAAUGUUCAAGAGGUGAUGGAUAUGAUCAUGAAGGGUAAUGAAAUGAGGACCAUGUCUCCGACAGAAGCCAAUGCAACUUCAUCUCGAUCACAUGCCGUCCUUCAGAUUAACGUUGCUCAGAAAGACCGGAACGCCAGCGUCGAGGAGCCCCACACCAUGGCCACGUUGAGUAUCAUCGAUCUGGCUGGGAGUGAACGUGCUAGUGCCACCAAGAAUCGCGGAGAACGCUUGCUCGAAGGUGCUAACAUUAACAAGUCUCUGCUAGCUCUCGGGAGUUGCAUCAACGCACUGUGUGACGUUCGCAAGCGUAACCACGUACCAUAUCGCAAUUCCAAACUCACUCGUCUCCUCAAGUUCUCACUUGGUGGCAACUGCAAGACAGUGAUGAUUGUGUGCGUGAGUCCUUCCAGUGCGCACUUCGAUGAGACGCAGAACACUCUCAGAUACGCCAACCGCGCAAAGAAUAUCCAGACGAAGGUCACACGGAACGUCUACAAUGUCAAUCGCCAUGUCAAGGACUUCUUGGUCAAGAUCGACGAGCAAAUGGCUCUGAUCAACGAAUUGAAGGCCCAGCAAAAAGACUCGGAGGCUUUGGCAUUUGUUAAGUUCAGAAAGCAAAACGAGAGGAAAGAGUCCAUCGCCCGCGAGGGCGUGCAGAGAAUCCGGACCGCGUACGAACACUCAGCGGCAGAAAGACAAGAAAGAACGAACAACAUGAUCAAGCUCAAGCAACUGGGCCGACGAAUCGCCAUGCUAUCUUCCUGGAUUGCUGCCUUUGAUGGUGUAUGCGACAGCUUGGAUGAAGAUGAGCCUAUGAAGAACUUGCAAGCAGUGAGGAAGACAGCCCAGGGCAUCUUGAUGGAAUUGGAGAGUGGCCGACAUCAUUGUCAACAGAAGGUGUUGAAGAGCAGCUGGGAUCGGGCAAUCAACACAGCAUUGGAUCAUAGCCUGCGCCAGCUGAAAGAAGUGGACACGGGCGAUAUGAUCGACUCGGAAACACUUCGACGAGAAGUGGAAUUGCUGAGAUCAAAUGCCGAAAGAGAAGCUUUGGCAGCUGUUGUGGACCAAGACAAGUUCGGGGAUGCGGCCACGAUCCAAAUUCUCUUGCAGGCUCAUUUCGAAACAGUGGCGGCCAUCGAGAACCUGAACAAAAUGAGCGUCGAUGAGGCAGUGGAGGCGGCAACCCAGAUCUUGGGCAAGAUGCUCAAAUCGGCUUCGAGCGCGGCCUCAUAUGUCGUCAAACCCGAUGGCAGCCUCACACCUGUCGAAGCGUUUGCGCCUAGCAAAGCGGGAACUCCCAAGAGACGCAAACACCACAUGAACACCUCGAUGUUGGAAGGCAGUCCUAUUCGGCCCAAGGCGGUAGCUGUUGUCGCUUCCCACCUCGCACCAUCCCCAGCCAAGGCGUCUCCUCGCCGUCGGGGACUCCUGGGCGGUCCCAAGAAAGGAGUCCAAGUUUCUUUCACUCCGAAGAAGAGGAAAUCUCCGGUGAAGGCUUCCAAACGGGUGGUGAGGUGGCGCGACGAUACGGAGGAUGGGGCUUUGGCCGAAUUCGAGAAAACUCCGCAGAAAUUCACCCCCUCGCCGAGAGAGGACUCAACCACCGAGAUCCCUCUGCCACAAGUCUCGGAUCUGACUGCUUCGCUGGCCCAACUGAACACUCAACCCGAGUCUCCACAUUCUUCGCCUUUACCUGCACCGCCAGAGGUGACCCUUGCCGCCCAGUCCAAGAGAGGUCGGUUCGAGGCCGGAUUCUUGGCGAAGAAGCUUGAAGGGUCGCCGAAUUCUUCCAGCAUGCUCCCGCCCAAGAUGACUUCGCUCUCGUCAUCGGACAGUGACGAGUCCCCACUGAGAGAACUUGAUCCGAGUAAAGCGGCCAAUCGAAGAUCACUGACCCCGAUGUCAUCAAAUAAGGCUGCGGGGAAUGUCGGUAGCGACAAUGCCAGCAAUUCGUCCGCUUCUAAUUCGGACACUGAGAACCAGGGCCAUCCGAGCAAAGACGAGGCUAUGAAGAUCCGUGACGCAGUCAGAAGAUCGAACUCAGUCCGUCGGUCCGGAGUCCACGGGUCACGCUCGCAACGUCACAGAUCCCCUACCGCCGCUUCUGGCUCGCCUCCCAACGACUCCAUGUUCGCCGCCGGCCACGUUAGGAGGAUGGUCAUGGGCAAGAACGAGAAGGAGAACGAGUGGAAAGUGGGUGUCUUGAGUCCUCGCGUACAAGGCAUCGUCAGCCAUAGCCGAAGCAUGGGCUCCAACGGCGGAAGACGUACGACUCUGAACGGAAUGGAUGUGAGAUCCACGCCCAACGCCGGGGACCGUGGUACAAUCAGAAUGAGCUCGAUCGUCCCUUCACAUGGUCACAGCCAUUCGACUUCCAGGGGUAGUUUAAUGCCUUCUGGCAAAGCAGUCUGGCGAUGA